AUGUAUAUCCGAGGAAUUGAUGAGCCUCUCAUAUCUGGGAUAUUUUCCAUAACUCUGACUGGGGCAGCCCAAGCAUGGUUCUCAACCCUACCUGCCAACUCUAUUGGUUCCUUCGAGGAGUUUGGAGAGAAAUUUCUGCUGAAUUUUGCAACAAGCAAAAAAUACCCAAAAUCUGAGUUCGCCCUGGGAAAGAUACGACAGAAACCCGGAGAAACUCUCCAGAGGUAUCUUAACAGGUUUAAAGAUGUUGCCUUGCAAGUGCCGGGUUUACAAGAGAAUGUCCACGUCCACCUCAUUAUGGCUGUCCUGGAUGGAUCAUCUAGACUAGCCAAGUCAGUCUACAAAGACCCUGUGAGGACGUUGGAAGAGUUCAGAACUCGUUCCAAGAAAUACUUGGAACUCGAACAAAUGGAGAUAGCAAAUGCGUUAUCAAAUGAAGGUAAAAGAGCAAGCCCAAGAAGGAGGAGCCCGACCCCAAGAGAAAAAGAACGACCCGGUAAUAAAAAGAAAGACUCCAAAAGCAAGAUCCUGAAUGAUAGUGAUCGGGUUGGAAGAUAUGAGAUGUAUACACCGUUGAAUGCCUCACAUCCUCAAAUUUGGAGGGAAGUGGCAAUGAUGGAGAUGAAGAAAGUAGACAGACCUCGGCCCAUAUUUGAUAGAGGAGGUUUGGAUAAGUCCAAGUACUGCGCCUUCCAUGAUGGACCGGGUCACAACACUGAUCAAUGCUGGGAUCUCCGAGAUACCGUGAAUAAAUCUAUUAGAGAGGGGAAACUACGUCAGUAUGUGAUCAAAACUCAGGGUGCCAAAAACAACAAAAGAAAGUCUGGAAACCGGAAGAAAAGCAAGAGUCUGGUCCCUAAGAAGAAAAAGAAAGAGGAAAGGAACCAGAAAGAUGAUUCCAAUAACGAUGAAUUCCCGAAAGCCGAAUUCGAUUGUAACGUGAUCAGUGGGGCUCUUGGAGGAUGA